AGGAGGAGGAGGAGAGGUCGGAGCCGUCUCCAAGAACCCUUAGAGACCGAGUCCCCGGUGGCAGCGGCGGCGGUGGGGGCAGCGCAGUGGCAGGCGAGUGAGCUCCAGGCGACGGAUUCAUUUGAUCGCUCACAGCCUGAAAGCAGUGGACCACAGGAGGGCUAACUGGUGAAAAUUGACUGAAGAUGUCCAGCAAGACAGCAAGCACCAACAACAUAGCCCAGGCAAGAAGAACUGUGCAGCAGUUACGAUUGGAAGCCUCCAUUGAAAGAAUAAAGGUUUCAAAGGCAUCAGCAGACCUCAUGUCCUACUGUGAGGAGCACGCGAGGAGUGACCCUUUGCUGAUAGGAAUCCCAACUUCAGAAAACCCUUUCAAGGAUAAGAAGACGUGCAUCAUCUUAUAGUGAGGUCAUGAAAACCAUUCCUCGCCUCCUGUCUCAACAAAGAUGAUGAGCAGCUCCUGGAAGAGAUCCACCUGCGGCUGAUUUGGUAACCACUGCUAGUAACUAAAAUGCUCAGAACUUGGAAUGAUGGACUCUGAAGUCUUUAUUUUUUCCAGUUGCCCUUUCUCUAAAAUACUUCUCACUAAUCUAAUACAGAGUAACAAUCUCUUUUUCCAUUUGGUGACUGUGGUGUUGUAUUGGGUCACUGUUUAGGGAACACUGCUGUAGGCCUUUUAAAAAAACACAAUUGCAUACUUUAAAUAUACAGUGGAUUCAAAUAUGCCAUAAACUGCCUAAGCACCUGUCAAAUGAAAAUGUCAAGAACUUGAAUCCUAAAACCUUUAUAUCUUACUGUGCUCUUAAUAAAGUUUGUACCACCCUGUAUAGUAGAUAAGGAGAGAA